AAAACAACUUUUGAUGCUCAGAAGCACAAAGGCCCUCCUAAGAAAGCCAGAAAAGCUUUCAUUUCCAUUGUUACUCCUUUUGGUCUUCCAGUCUCUUAUGUCCUCCCUCGCCCUUGUUCCCAAGUUCUAUUAAGGAGAGAUUUAGAGGGAUGUCAAAGGAAAAUCGUAGUUUAAUUUAUUUAAUUUAUGGAAGGAAAGUGAGAGAAUGAAAAGGAUUUUGGAGGGCAUAUUUUCCUCCCAAUUUGGGUGUAAACGGGACCAUUAUACCCUUAACCCUGUUAAAAAGAUCACAUAGCCGCAUAAUCUUUUUUUUUUCAUGCCCUCCGAUCGUCUUCUUCAUCCUCAAGCCGCUCAAGUCGCACGCUGACCAGCAGCAUUAAACAGUUGUAGGAUGGAAGUUCUAGGUUUAUCAUUGGAUAUGAUCAGCAACCUUCCUCCAAAUAUAAUACAAACAAUGCUAACUCUUAUGCCAAUUCGAGAUGCAUUCAAAACAAGUAUUUUAUCAAGAAACUGGAGGUAUCAUUGUGUAAACAUUCCAAAACUCAAGUUUGAUGAUGAAGUCUUUCAAGUAUCACCUCAAAGUCACUUGCCCAUCAAAUGCAAACUCUUACAUUAUCUACCCAAUCUUGUUGUUACACCAUCGCCACAUAGUCUCAUUCUCUCUUAGUAGUUCCCAACUAACUAGUUGUUGUGAGAUUGACCAAAUCAUACUUCACCUAUCCAAAAUGUCUACCUUGAAGACCUUUUCUCUUUCUAUUGGGUUAGGUAAUGACCAUAAGUUACUAUCCCCAUUCUUCAUGUUACAACACUUAAAGCACCUAAAACUCCAAAACUGUGUGUUUCAACCUCCAUCCUCGUUUUAUGGAUUUAGUAGCCUGAAGAGCUUAUACUUUCACAAUGUCAGCAUAACUCCCAAAGUUCUUCUACGUUUUAUCUUCAACUGUCCUCUACUUAAGAGCUUCACUUUGCAGAUUGAAGAUGAAAAACAUCUUACUGGGUGUUGGAACUCUGACUUUGUUGAGUUAUUUACGUGUUUACCAAUGAUUGAGCAUCUCUGUAUGAAUUCUUCUCCGCUUAAGUAUUUUGCUUCAGGUGUCUUGCCAGAUAAGCUCCCGAUUGCACUUGUCCACCUCAGAGUUCUUAAUGUAUCCGGACUAUGCUUUGCAAAAGAAGUUGACUUACGUUGUGCUCUUCUUUUGGUAACAAGCUCCUCGAAUAUAGAGAAAAUUACAAUGGAGAUGUGUUAUACAUCAGAAGUUGUGUCGCAAAGUGCCAUGAACCUUAUUGACUUGGUGGACUAUUGUAACGUGACAUUGGAUCGUCUGUGUGAAUUAGAGAUAAGAAACAUGGCCAACGUGAAGCCAGAAAUGGAUUUUGUGAAGCUUGUCUUGGGCAAGUCACCGAUGCUAAAGAAAGUGGGAAUAGUAAUUGACAAUCGGGUUGCUGUUAAUGCUGAAGUAAAGAUGUUAAGAGAGUUGCUUCAAUAUCAACGUGCUUCAACAAAUGCAAAAAUUAUAUUCGAACGUCCAUGAUCAUCAAUUAUAUUUCUCAUCUUGGUUUGUUAGAACUUAGAAGUAUGUUUCUGGAUAAGUGACAAUUCUUUGUUAUACUAGAGAAGCACUUGGUGAACAACCAUCUUAGUUUUAUGAAGUUGAUGCUUUUUGAUACCAUAUAUGGUGAAUUUUGUAAAACUGAUGAUGUAAGCCUGUGAUGUUGCAGUUGAAAAGAGUAAAUGGUUAAUGG